AAUAGGUUGUAUUAUCAUGCGCUGAGGGGCAUGUGCAAAUUGUGCAUCCAAAGUCCAUAAUGUCGUUCGGAUCCAUCACAUAUACCGAUGAUGAGUUUAAUGAAAUCCAGGCAGCACUGAGGAAGAGAUUAGGAACUGAUUUCGUAGCGACAAGGCCUGGUCCUGGUGGACAGAAACUAUACUAUGUGGAAGGCUGGAGGGUGGUUCAACUUGCUAACGAAACUUUUGGGUUUGAUGGAUGGGGCUAUUCUGUUACGAACAUGACUGUAGACUUCGUGGAUCAUCUGGCUGGCAAGUUCAAUGUUGGCGUGUCAGCCACGGUGAAGGUUACCUUGAAGAAUGGGUGCUUCAGAGAAGAUGUUGGGUAUGGCUGUGUGGAUGGAAUGAGGUUGCUUGGACAGAGGAAGAGGGAAGUAGAGACAAUUUGCGCACAAUUCACUAUAAAAACUCUGAGACCUACCUUAACAUAGAACAGUAUCUCAUCGGGGACGGCAAAGAGGAGAGCAAGCUUCCGGCUGGACGUCACAACUUGCCCUUCUCUAUAGCUCUUCCCACGAACA